AUGGUCUUAGAAGUUUACAUAAAUUAGGAUAUUUUCAUAAAGAUUUUCAUAGUGGAAAUAUAUUACAAACUACUAAAAUGCUUCUUAUAUUUCAGAUUUUGGAUUAUCUGGACCAUCAAACAAACAAAAAUCGGAUAAUAAAAUAUGUGGAGUAUUGCCAUAUAUUGCUCCAGAAGUUUGAAUGGAGAACCAUAUUCAUUAUCUUCUGAUAUUUAUAGUUUUGGUAUAAUUAUGGUUGAAUUAUCAUCUGGAAAACCACCAUUUCAUAAAAGAAAACAUGAUACUACCUUAGCAUUAGAAAUAUGUAAUGGACUCAGACCAGAAUUUGGAAAAGGAACUCCUGAAAUUUAUAAAAAACUAGCUUAUAAAUGUAUGAAUGCUAAUUCAAAUCAAAGACCAACAGCUGAAGAAUUAUAUGAUAUAAUACAAUUUUGGAAUGCUUCUACACAUAGUAAAGCACGUCAAAAAAAAAAAAAGUUUGGGUAUAAAGGUAAAGAGAUUAAAGCUAUAUUUAAGGAAGCUGAUAAAGAAAUACCAAAUAUUUCAACUUUGUAUGAGAAAAAUCCUGAUGCUAUAUAUACUAGUAGAUUAUUUACAUUUAGUAAUUUAACAAAACCUGUCAAUUCUUCUAUUAUUACCGAUUAUCUUAAUGAUGGAGAAAGCAAUAAAGAUUGUCAAGAUUCUCAAUUAGUUGACUUGGAAGUUUCUAGCUCAUUUUACAAUCAAAAGAUGUCAUUAGCAAUGAAAACAAUUGUUGAUUAA